AUGAAGAUUCUUUUUUCGGAUGAGAAAAUGUUCGAUUUAGAUGGAAUGUAUAAUACUCAAAAUGAUGUUAUAUGGGCCAUUAAUCGGGCUCAGGCUGAUGAUAAAGGUGGUAUUAAACAGAAACAAAAGUUUCCACAAAAAGUAAUGGUCUGGUUUGAUGUAUGUUCCAAAGGUGUAACACCAUUGAUUAUUUUUGAUGAAGAAACAUUAAAUCAUGAACGUUACAUUAAGAAAGUCUUGCCAGUGGCUAAAAAAUAUGGAAAUAAAGUAUUUGGAAAUGACUGGACUUUUCAACAGGACAAUUCAAAGCCACACAUACACCGUUUAACACAACAAUGGUACAAGGGCAAGGACAACUUUCCGAAUUUUAUUGAUAAAGAUCAUUGGCCGCCAAACAGUCCUGAUCUCAAUCCAUUGGGUUAUUGUAUAUGGAAUGAAUUUGUGCACCAAAUGAAUUGGAAUAAAGUUAAAUAA